AUGGAUUCCACAAUUGAAUCAAAAAUUGAUAAACCACUAAUAAUUGAUUUUGUUGCUGGGAGUGCUGCAGGAAUUGGUAUGUGCCUCUCUGGGCAUCCAUUAGAUACCAUUAAAGUUCAUAUUCAAUCAGCAUCAGCUAAUGCUAAAGUAGGAAUAUUUUCCUGUACUAGGGAUAUAAUUAAAACAUUUGGACCAAUGGGAUUAUAUAGAGGUGUACUAAGUCCAUUAAGUUCAACACCACUUAUCAAUGCUACAGUAUUUGCUGGUGAAUCAUUUUGUUCACGUCUCAUAAAAAAUGAUCUUAAUCCUGUAAUAUCAACAUUUAUGAGUGGUUUUUGUGCUGGUGCUUUUCAGACAGUUGUUCUAUGUCCAACAGAUGUAGUAAAAUUAAAAAUGCAACUAACAAAUACAAAUUUAAAUACUAUUUCAUUAACAAAACAUAUCAUUGAAACAUCAGGAAUAAAAAGUUUAUUUAGAGGAUUUGGGAUAACUCUUUGUCGUGAUGCUCCAGCAUAUGGUGUAUAUUUUUCAAGUUUUGAAUAUUUUACAAGUAAAUAUCUUGAUUUUAAUGUUGAUCCUAGUUGUGGAUAUAAUUUACUUGUUAAUUUUGUUUCUGGUGGUUUAGCAGGAAUAUUAUGUUGGAUUGUUACAUAUCCAUUAGAUAUCGUUAAAACAAGGUUUCAAAAUAUUACAAAUUACACAAGUUAUGCUACAGUUACCAGAGAAUUAUACAGAGAAAGUGGUUUAAAAGGAUUUUUUAGAGGAAUGAAUUCAACAAUUAUAAGAGCAUUUAUAACAAAUGCUGUCACUUUCGUUAUAAUGACACAAUGUCAAUAUUAUCUUACUCAAAUAUAUAAUCAAGAAAAACAAAAUGGAAUUCCAAAUAUAGAACAAAUUUUAUACACAUCAUUACCAGGUGAUUAUAUUCAAAAUAAAAAAUGUUGUUGUUCAUCACCAAGAAGAUGUUUACAAUGUUUUCAUAUGGAUUUAUUUCAUCUUCCUGAAGCAGGAACAACAUUUUUAGAACCAAUGUUACAUACUCAUGGUAGAUUAUUAACCAUGAAUCAAAAUUAUAAUAUCCCUUUUGAUAUGAGAUUACUUAUGUUGUCAUUUCAACAAAAUAAUCAAAAUUUCAAUCCAUUUUCAAAUAUUUUUCCAAAUGUUAUGCCACAGUUAGCUCAACAGGUUCAAUCUUAUGAAUUUCUUCAAAAUUGGCUUCAAGCUUGUAAUAAUAUUAACUAUGGAAAUCAAAAUAAAGAUUUACCACCAUUGACUACUCCAAGUACAAUAAAUCAAUCAUUUCCUUUACCAGGACAAAGUUCUAUGGAAAAUUUACCACAGGCAUAUCAAAAAUUUCUUACAUAUGAUAAAAUUGAAAUUAACUUUCCCCGUACAAGUACUACUCCAUUAAUGAAAAAAAAUGAGGGAGUAUUUCAUGAUGCCCGAAAACAAAAUUAUCAAACACCUGAUAGUGGUAUUGAUAGCCCAGCAUCAAAUCAAAAUCUUCCUGAAAGCCCAAAAAAUGAUACAUCUGAUGUUUCAGUAUCUACAUCUGUAUUAACGGAUGACCCCAGUACCAAUGAACCAACGACACCAACAAAAGGAUGUAAUGGUAAAAAGAAAAAUUAUUGUUAUGUUUGUGAGAAAUUCAUAGUAAAUAGAAAUGGAAGAAAUCAAGGACCACGCAGACAUGUUUUACAGAUUCAUUUAAAGAAACCACUAUAUCUUUGUAGAAUUUGUAAUUACUCUUCUACAUAUGAUAAAUACCACGUUACAUCACAUAUUAAAAGAAUUCAUGAUAUUGAUAAUACAGAUGAUUACAUUAUUAAUAACAAAUAUGAACAAGAACCUGAAGUUUGUGUGUGGUAUAAAAAAUGUUUUGAGGAUAAAUUGGAACCUCAAUAA